AUGACGUUCAACGGUAACGUGUACGACGUAACUGAUUAUGUAGCAAGUCAUCCUGGAGGGACAGACAAGAUCAUGAUGGCUGCUGGUGGUCCUCUCGAACCGUUCUUUGCUUACUUUGAUUUCCAUAGCUCGAAUUUAUCUAUCCUCGAAAAAUAUCGAAUUGGGGACUUGAAAGAAGAGGACAUUGAAGCGAGAGAAGAUCUAGAUUUUGAGGAUCCAUACCAGAGUGCUUUCAAUUCUCUAAAGCCCUUUUGUGCUGAGUCCCCUGUGGACCGUUUGAUGGAUCAUUACAUCACACCCAAUGAGCUUCACUACGUGCGCAAUCACAUGCCAGUACCGAUCAUCAACCAACAGGAAUAUCAACUUGGUAUAUCUGGUAAAGGAGUGAGAAAGAUAAAACUCUCUUUAGAGGAGCUGAAAACCAAGUUCACAAAACACACUUUUGCGGCGACUCUGCACUGUGCAGGAAACAGAAGCAACGACAUUWAAAAAAUCAAGAAUAUAAACGUAUUCCCAAUAGGAACGGGUAUGAUUUCUACAGCGGUAUGGGGUGGAGCUUUGCUGAAAGAUGUCCUGGAAUAUGCAGGACUUGAUGAUCAAGCUGUUGAAUCUCUAGGAAUUCAACACGUGCAAUUCGAAGGAUUGGAUUUUGAUAUUACCAACACAUCAUACGGUGCGUCCAUUCCUGUGCAUAAAGCUAUGGACAGCAGAUGUGACGUGUUGAUCGCGUACGAGAUGAAUGGCGAGCAGAUACCAUUGGAUUACGGAUUUCCUGUUCGAGUUAUCGCUCCUGGAAUAGCUGCUUGUAGAAGUGUCAAAUGGUUGGGGAAGAUUAUCGUGAGCGAGCAUGAGAGUGACAGCUUCUGGCAACAGAAAGCGUACAAAGGGACCCCACCCAACAUCGACAAAACGAACCUGGACAUGACUUCCUUUCCCGCAAUUCAAGAAUAUCCCGUGACGUCAGCUAUCUGUUAUCCACGUGACAGCCAGACAGUGAGUCGUCAAAGUGACGGUAGUGUUAAGGUCAAAGGUUACGCGUGGAGUGGAGGAGGGCGGGGCAUCAUUCGAGUUGACGUAUCAAUCGAUGGCGGGAAGUCGUGGACGGUAGCUAAUCUGAGAAGACAAGAGCAACCGCCCGGUCGUCAAUGGGCGUGGACAUUCUGGGAAUGUGACGUAGCUGUGCCGGAUGAUUCAGAGAGAGUAGAGAUAGUGAGCAAAGCGGUGGAUAGUUCGUAUAAUGUACAGCCUGAAAGUGUUUUACCAAUAUGGAAUCCAAGAGGAUAUCUUUCACUUGCCUGGAGUCGUGUGGAUAUUCACCUGGGCAAUUAG